GGUAGUUAUUCUCAUCGAGACGCCGCUAUUGUAGUAUCACCAUGACCAGUACCGUACCUGCCUUCUUCUUCUUCUUCUUUCUGUUCAAUUCAUUCCAUUUCUUUUCCUUUCUUGUUGUGACCCAAUUUGAGGCUCCGACCGCAUCUGUGAGUCAAUAGAAAUACGAGACACGAUUAUUUAAACCCUCUCAUUCACCUCCAUUCACAUCCCUCGCCAAACAACUCGAUUCUCCUUUACUACUUCCUCAAGUAUCCUAGUAUACUCUCUCUUGUCAAGAAUAGCAACAAUGGCGUCCACAGACUCUGCCCUCCUUUCCCAAACCAUACUCUCCCUCACGGACAGCAAAGUCCGCGAGCUGGAGAAGCAGCGGAAUGCCUACGAGACCCGCAAGACGGACAUCCUCCAGACCUCAAACUCCCACCCCGACAUUCAUGAACGAAUUAGCCUGCUCCUAUCUGCCGUCAAUGAGCUGCAGACCGAAUCGACACAGGACCCUGCACUCACCAGCAUCCGACGCUAUCUGCAGCAAGCACAACAUGACUCUUCUAUCCCAAAGAAGAAGCUGGAGGGGUUUGAGAAGUGUCUUGUUGAGAGACUGAAUACGCGAAGUGCGAAGCUGGCUAUGGCGGAUUUGUACUCGAGGUUGUUGAUGGAGUGGGUGGACCCCCCCGUCCCAUCCGACAAAAACGCCAAUGCAGAUGAGCUCGACUUGCUGGCAGAUGAGCGACAGAAGCAGGGAUUGAAGAAGCUGUGCGAUACAUUCGAGGCUGUUGUCUUCACUCCGGUGGACACGAACGAGGGAGACAUCCAUGCGUUCUUGAACAAACUCUUCCCCGGCGAAAAAGGCGCAAAAGCUCUGGAAGAUCUACGCCAGGAGAUUCGCGAAGAGACCACUGAGCAGUGGAAGGAGGACGAGCCGUUCAAUGUGACGACUUUGUCAGCGUGUAUCCGGGGCUUGACGAUGGAGGAUCUCCUUAGCGAGGAGCGGCAGGUGAUGCUCAAGUCGCUCCUGGACAACGAGCUAGCUCUGAAUGAGAUCGCGGACGUGUUGAAUUUUCGAUAUGCUGAUUUGAAGAACUGGGACUGGCAUGCGGGCGAGGGCGGGAUCCCCGUGCUGCCGCGGCCCCAGUGGAACGGAAGAUAUCGGAUCUGGAUGGACGAGGAUGUGUUGCAGACAAUUUUUGUACAGUAUAUUGGCGUCAAGCUGUGCAAUCGUUUCAAGGAGGUCUUGCGGCGGUUUGUGGAAACUUCUGACUUAUGGAAGUGGUCUACGAGACCGUCCAUGACGGAGCACGAGGAGCUGCGGAGGGAGUACUACUUGGGCUCGAGAGGAGCAUCAGGAGGAGUGAAGGAUCGGCGGAGAUCUGAGUUCAUCAAAAGCUACUUUCUGUCUCAAUUGCCUGCGACGCAGGAGACAUUGAUCGAACGGGGUGGGGCCUACGACGAUGACUACAGCGACGACGACGAUGACUACGGCGACGAUGACGAUGACGAGCCAUCCCCCAGGGAAGACGAGAAGAACAUCAAGCAAAAGCUCCUGAGGAAGCUUGCCACUGAGAUCCUCUUUCAUCGACAACUGUACGGUGGAGCUGCCAUUGUCCAGUCAGAUCUGAAAUGGUAUGGAACGUGUCUCUCGCACAGCACCAUUUUUGCCGUGAUGCGGUUCGUGGGAUUUUCAGAGGACUGGAUCAGUUUCUUCAAGAAGUAUCUUGAGUCGCCUCUGAACAUGGACCAAGCGUCAGAAAACCGAGACCAGAAAGGACCUCGCACCCGCAGAUGCGGUGUCCCGGUGGCACAUGCAUCCGAGAAGUUCCUCGGCGAGCUGGUUCUGUUCUUCAUGGACAUGGCAGUCAACCAGGAAACCGGCAUGCUUCUGUAUCGUCAACACGAUGACCUGUGGCUUUGUGGUGAGCCAGCCCCGUGCGCUCACGCUUGGGAGGUGAUACAGGAAUUUGCUCAAGUGACUGGCCUAACGAUCAACUACGAGAAAACGGGCUCUGUCUACCUCUCAAGUGUCAAAGACGCCGGUAUCGUGUCUCGACUGCCGCGAGGACCAGUUAAGUUUGGGUUUCUGACACUGGACAGCGAGUCGGGAGACUGGGUCAUUGACCAAACCCAAGUAGACGCACAUGUGCAGCAGCUGCAGAUGCAGCUUAAAAACUGCGAUAAUGUGGCUAUCUCGUGGAUCCGCACAUGGAACAGUUGCAUCGGUCGUUUCUUCAAGAGCACAUUUGGCCUGCCGGCGAACUGCUUCGGAGGACCCCACGUGGACUCAAUCCUGGCCUCGUACGAGAAGAUGAACAAGACUCUCUUCAAGAACCCCGAUGCACCCACUGUCACCGAUCACCUGCGCCAAAUGAUCCGCUCCCGCUUCGAGCUUUCGAACAUUGAUACCAUCCCCGACGCAUUCUUCUUCCUGCCCGAGAAACUCGGCGGUCUUGCGCUGCGCAACCCAUUCAUCGCCAUUUUGUUGAUCCGCGACGGCAUACAAUUCAAACCAACCAAGUUCUUGGAUGACUUCAAGAAACGCGAGUUCGAGCGGUACCUGUCAGACCAGGAGGACUUCAACAAUAUGACGGACCGAUCCCUUAACUACCGCCUUCAGAAUGUAAAUGAGGCUGGCAAGCCACCCCUUAUUCCCCACUCCGAGCAGCGCACCUUCAUGUCCUUCGACGAGUGGAGCAAGUUCCGCGAGACCAGCAGCUACGACCUCCGCAACUGCUACGUGAAGCUGCUGGGCGUUCCGACCGAGCAGAGGGUGAAACUGACGCAGGCAACGGAGGCAGCCCUGACGCGCGCGCGGAAGGUGGUGGAUCUUGGGAACUUGGAUGAGGAGGAGAAAUGGAUCUUGCAGUUGUACUCUGAGGAUCUGAUCAGGGACUUUGGGGGAUUGAGUAUUGUGGAUAAGAAGUUUUUGCCGCUGGGGUUGUUGGCGAUGAUUCGGGAGAAAAGGGUUAAGUGGCAGAUGGUUUUGUAGGUCGCGAGAGUGCUUCAGGGUUAUGAUGCUUGUUACUACUUUAGCUCCUAGACUUGUCUGGCAUGUUUCGGGUCAGUUUCUCGUUUUUAUGUUUCCAUGGCCUGUUAUUGUGAUGUUUUCAAGCAUUGCAGCUAUCGGAUUCUUUAGUUCUAGCUUCCAACAAUGGUUUAAUUCACGG